ACACUCGCGCAGGCACACACAGGGACACACGCACACUCGCGCGCGCACAUCCUCCCGCCAGCCUACCCGCCCGCUCGUCGGCGUCCGGAGUCCGCUCUGGCCGGAGUGAGAGAGAGAGAGAGAACCACACUGCUGAUGACUCCAAGGGAGGGGCCCUGGACAUGUGCUGCAGCGAGAGGCUGCCGGGUGUCCCCCAGCCGGUAGGGAUGCAGGCGCUGGACCAGGCCGAGGGGCCCACAGCCUUGCAGAGAGAGAUGCCACUGCCCCCGCCUCCUUCACCGCCCUCAGAGACAGCUCAGAAGCCACCACCUCGAGACGCCAGGAGCCCCUCCCUCGCUGUCAGGAGCAGCCUGUGCCUGCUGGCUGCCUCCCAGUUCCUGCUCGCCUGCGGGAUGCUCUGGCUCAGCGGCUACGGCCCCAUCUGGUCGCAAAAUGCCACAGACCUCAUCUCCUCCGUGCUCACGCUCCUGGAGCGGCUGGGACCCUCGGCCUGGCUGGCUGCUGGGACCUGGGAUGUCCCUAAUCUGCUGCUGGUCUCUCUGUCCGUGGUCCUCGUCACCACCUUGGUGUGGCACCUCCUGAGGACUCCCGCGGAGCCACCCAGCCCGCUGCCCCCCGAGGACAGGCGCCAGUCGGUGAGCCGUCAGCCCUCUUUCACCUACUCUGAGUGGAUGGAGGAGAAGGUCGAGGAUGACUUCCUGGACCUGGACCCUGUCCCGGAGACUCCUGUGUUUGACUGCGUGAUGGACAUCAAGCUUGAGGCCGACCCCGCCUCACUGACGGUCAAGGCCGUGGGUCUGCAGGAGAGGAGGGGCUCCAACGUCUCCCUGACCCUGGACAUGUGCACCCCGGGCUGCAAUGAGGAGGGGUUCGGCUAUCUCAUGUCCCCACGCGAGGAGUCGGCCCGCGAGUACCUGCUCAGCGCCUCCCGCGUCCUCCAGGCCGAAGAGCUUCACGAGAAGGCCCUGGACCCCUUCCUGCUUCAGGCAGAAUUCUUUGAAAUUCCCAUGAACUUUGUGGAUCCGAAAGAGUAUAACAUCCCUGGGCUGGUGCGGAAGAACCGGUACAAAACCAUCCUUCCCAACCCUCACAGCAGAGUGUGUCUGACCUCACCAGACCCCGACGACCCUCUGAGUUCCUACAUCAACGCCAACUACAUCCGGGGCUAUGGUGGGGAAGAGAAGGUGUAUAUCGCCACUCAGGGACCCAUCGUCAGCACAGUUGGCGACUUCUGGCGCAUGGUGUGGCAGGAGCACACGCCCAUCAUUGUCAUGAUCACCAACAUCGAGGAGAUGAACGAGAAGUGCACCGAGUAUUGGCCGGAGGAGCAGGUGGUGUACGACGGCGUGGAGAUCACUGUGCAGAAAGUCAUCCACACUGAGGAUUACCGGCUCCGACUCAUUGCUCUCAGGAGUGGCACAGAAGAGCGAGGCCUGAAGCAUUACUGGUUCACAUCCUGGCCCGACCAGAAGACCCCAGACCGGGCCCCCCCACUCCUGCACCUGGUGCAGGAGGUGGAGGAGGCAGCCCAGCAGGAGGGGCCCCGCUGCGCCCCCAUCGUCGUCCACUGCAGCGCAGGGAUUGGGAGGACCGGCUGCUUCAUCGCCACUAGCAUCUGCUGCCAGCAGCUGCGGCACCAGGGCGUGGUGGACAUCCUGAAGACCACGUGCCAGCUCCGUCAGGACAGGGGCGGCAUGAUCCAGACGUAUGAGCAGUACCAGUUCGUGCACCACGUCAUGAGCCUCUACGAGAAGGAGCUGUCCCGCCAGUCCCCUGAGUGACCACACUCCCCC